UAUCAAAUGCGUUUGUAGGCAUCUCAUCAAUGUUUUCGAGCAAUUGUGAUUUUGCAAAUUUAAAGAAUUCAUAUUGCAAAUUCUAAUUGCAGUUAAUAUCUGCUUAUAACUUUGAACUGUACAUAUAUCAACAACAAUGGAAGGCGCUGGCAAUUGGUGUUUAAUAGAGAGUGAUCCUGGUGUAUUUACUGAGCUUAUUAAGGAGUUUGGUGUCGAAGGCGCUCAAGUAGAAGAAAUUUGGUCUUUAGAUGCUGAGUCAUUUAAGAGUUUGGAACCUAUACAUGGGCUUAUAUUCCUCUUCAAAUGGGUGCAAGAUGAUGAACCGGCAGGUAGUGUUGUUAAAGAUGAUCGUCUGCAGAACAUUUUCUUCGCCAAACAGGUUAUCAAUAAUGCUUGUGCCACACAAGCCAUUCUAAGCGUCCUACUUAACUGCAAACAUGAUGACAUCAAGCUUGGGGAGACUUUGUCCAACUUCAAAGAAUUUUGUCAAUUUUUCGAUCCAUACAACAAAGGUUUGACACUGAGCAAUGCAUCACAAAUACGAACGGUGCACAAUAGUUUCGCACGACAGACCCUUUUUGAGUUGGACUCGAAGAACCAAAACAAAGAUGAAGAUGUUUAUCAUUUUAUUGGCUACGUACCAAUUGAUGGUCGUUUAUAUGAAUUGGAUGGAUUAAAGGAGGGACCCAUUGAUCUGGGUGCCAUAGCUGCGGGACAAAACUGGAUUGAUGUCGUUCGACCAAUCAUAGAAAAGAGAAUGAAUAAAUAUAGUGAAGGUGAAAUUCACUUCAAUCUGAUGGCUAUUGUUUCGGAUCGUCAAAAAAUCUACCAACAGCAAAUUGAUAAACUUUUGAGUGGUGGCAGUGACGAAGCCAUGGAGACCGACGACCGUGAGACUGAAGUUGCUAAACUACGCUCUUUGAUUGAUAAUGAAGUGGAGAAACGUAAACGUUAUCGCAUAGAGAAUAUUAGACGUAAACACAAUUAUCUACCAUUCAUAGUUGAGCUCUUAAAAAUGCUGGGAGAGCGCGGUCAAUUAAUGCCUAUUUACGAGAAAGCAAAACAAAGAGCAAUGGAACGAGAAGCUGCGGCAGCCAAAACAAAAUCCUAAAUCUCAAAACGUCUAAUAUUUAAACUCAAUUCAUUGCGUUUGUUUUACAUUAUUUAUAGCGCUGUCCUUGUUUAAUAGGGAUCGCAUAUUUCUAUUCUGUUGUAUCUUGAUGUAUUUUUUUUAAUUACGCUUGGGAUAUGAAAAUUUGCAUUUAUUAGAUGCCAAAAGUCCGCAUUUGUAAGAAAGAAAAUGUACGCGCAUGGAUAUGCGUUAAAUACAUACUGCCUCCAUAAACAAA